AACAACUGCUGCCCCAACAACAACAACUACAGCUGCCCCAACAACAACCACAACAGCCAUCCCAACAACAACAACUACAGCUGCCCCAACAACAACCACAACUGCUGCGCCAACAACAACAACUACAGCUGCCCCAACAACAACCACAACUGCUGCUCCAACAACCACAACUGCAGCUCCAACAACAACCACAACAACCGCCCCAACAACAACAACUACAGCUGCCCCAACAACAACUACAGCUGCCCCAACAACAACCACAACUGCUGCUCCAACAACAACAACUACAGCUGCCCCAACAACAACCACAACUGCUGCGCCAACAACAACAACUGCAGCUCCAACAACAACCACAACAACCGCCCCAACAACAACAACUACAGCUGCCCCAACAACAACUACAGCUGCCCCAACAACAACAACAACUGCCGCCCCAACAACAACCACAACUGCCGCCCCAACAACAACCACAACAGCUGCCCCAACAACAACAACAACUACAGCUGCACAAACAACAACCACAACUCCUGCUCCAACAACCACAACUGCAGCUCCAACAACAACCACAACAAUCGCCCCAACAACAACAACAACUGUUGCCCCAACAACAACAACUACAGCUGCCCCAACAACAACCACAACAGCCAUCCCAACAACAACAACUACAGCUGCCCCAACAACAACCACAACAGCCGCCCCAACAACAACAAGUACAGCUGCCCCAACAACAACAACUGUAGCCCCAACAACAACUACUACAGCUGUGGUGACAACAACCUCAACCACAACUACAACAGCUGCCCCAACAACUACCACAGCUGCUCCAACAGCAACCUCAACUACCCCAACAACAACCACAGCCAGUACAACAACAUCUAUAACUACCCCUACAACAACCUCAAGUAUCCCAACAACAAGUACAACCACUACAAAAACCUCAGCAACUACCCCAACAACAAGCACAACUACCCCAACAACUACAACGACAUCAGCAACGACCCCAACAACAACCUCAACUACCCCAACAACAAGUACAACCACUACAAAAACAUCAGCAACUACCCAAAGAACAAGCACAACUACCCCAACAACUACAACCACCAGAACAACCUCAGCAACCACCCCAACAACAACCUCAACUACCCCAACAACAAGUACAACCACCAGAACAACCUCAGCAACCACCCCAACAACAACCCCAACAACAACCAGAACUACUGCAAGAACCACUUCCUCUGCCAUGAUUUGAAGGUGCAAAAGAUGAACCCAGUCAGGUCUGAAAAGUGA